CACUGAAGGAAACGCAAGCUCCGCGAGAGAGGUUCCGGCGCUGCCUGGGCUGGAGGAUACAGAAUGGAGACGGCGACCGAAGGCCCGGGACUGGACCGCGGCCCGACGCUGACCUCGUCCUGGGAUGCGGCGUGCGGGGCGCUGACCCAAAGCCUCCUUCUUACCCGGUUUGGGCCAGAUUCCCAGGACUUGAACUUCGAGCAGCUGCUGGCGCCGUCAACUCCGGGCCCGGAUCUGGUGAGUCUGAAGAGCAGCCUGAGCCCCCGAGAUGAAAACCCUUGCUUCCUUUACCUGAAGUGUGGGCCUAAUGGGGGUGAAGAAAUCCUUUCGGUUGGCAUUCUGAGUUCAGCAAGAAACAUGGAAGUGUAUGUAGGAGAGGAGUAUUGUGGAACCAGUCGAGGCAAGAAUGUCUGCACUGUCCUGGAUGACAGUGAACACGAAAAGAUUCUUUUGUACAAAAAAUACCUAAAAUUGGAACCUCCCACCCAUGCUUGUAAAAUAAAGUUGCUGUCCUUCGGUGAAAAGCAGUGUGUGCUCAUCAGUAAAGUUGUGGUGCACGUGAGACCAAGGUCAGCAAAUCCUUCACCAAGCUCUUCUGCUCUAGGAUCACGGAUAGACCUCGACAAUAUCCAAACCAUAAUGGAGUCAAUGGGAUCAAAGUUAUCUCCUGGAGCUCAGCAGCUGAUGAAUAUGAUUAGGUGUCAGCAGCAGAAUUGUCUUCCCAUUGGAGAUCAGCUUCAGUCAGUGCUGGGGACCACAGGCCACAAGCAUCUGAUUGCGCUGCAGUCCUCACCUUCUUCAGGAGUCUUAGAUAAAGCGUCCUCUACACCGUUUCCUCUUAGAACUGGAUUGACACCUUCAGCCAUCACUGAAAAUUUAAAGGCUCUUAUUGAUAAAAGCACGCAGCCACCUGGAAAAGGAAAUACCACAAACCACGAUGAGUGCCACCUUGUGCCACAAAACCAUUCCCUUCUUGAAAGUGAUCUUAAAAAUGCAGUCUCUUCUUUCUUACCGAAGAAGGCAAGUGGCAACUCAAAUGUGCCCAGCUCUGAGUUGCUGCCUUUUCUCCAGACUUUAUGUAGUCAGGUCAGCCAUCUCCGUGUGGGACAUAAUGCCAAGUGGCAGGAGAAGAGCUGCAAGCCCCGAGAGAGCACUGCUGGGGUUUCGAUGGAAGAACAGCCUGUUUGCUCCUACUUGGAAAAGGUUCUUUCUAAAAACAUGGAGCUCAUGGAAAAGAAGCUUAUGGACCACAUCGAUGAGAGGAUCUGUCAGCUCCAGGAGCACAUAGAUGCUAAAAUGGCUUUGUUAGUGGACUUGCUGCGAAAUCCCAACUCCCCACCCCCAGGGAUGCCGCUAAGACACUAUGACUCCAGAGAAAGACUUUCCAAUGGAGAGAGAUAAGCUAUCGACAUACCCAAUUAUUGCAGAUAUUUAUUACAUAUUUAUUACAAAGCCCAAAUCCAAAAAGGUUAUGAAAAUCAAGUCUUUAAUGUCCUUUGAAGGAUUGUUGUCUUACAUGGCGACCUCAGUGCUCUUUUUAGUGCACUUGUUACUGUAGACCCGGGUCUACACCAUCAGCCACCCUGAUGCAGUCAUAAGUUAUUUUGCUUGCUAUAUUUUUCACUCUUACAGAAGUGUACUUGUAUUGCUCGAGUUUUUAGGAUAUGUAAAGACUUCUAAUGCAGUUCAUUGGUUUGUAUUGUAUAUGACAUAUGUUUGAAGUGGAUUUUUUUAUUUAUACAGAUACCUGUGAAAUACAGUCUCAGGAGUAUGAAAAGUAA